UGUCCGUCAUUCAUUCAACUUGCUAAAAAAGGUAGAGAACAGAAACGGGAAAUGUUGGCAAAUUACUACUGUUAAAUACGUGUUAUAAAUGUUUAAUUCUCUUGUUUAGGUUUCUUCUAUGUGUAAAACUGUGUGGUUCGUGCGAUAAAGUUAACUGGGACGGGUAAUAACUAAUAAGUGAUCUGUUUACAUUGUGAAAUAAGUUUUAGCUGUAUAGCCGUGAAAAGCAUAUUCGUGCCAUUCGUAGGGAAAGGAGUUUUUUUGUUGCAAAUUCGGCGUUUUCGGUGUUCGAUGAUGGUAUUUAUGGACCGUAUCGGUGUACAGUUAUGUGAUGUUUGCGGGUGGCGACGAGAUUUCUGGUGUUUUAUCGCGUAAUCUUGUUCUUUCGUCGUGUGUAAACACUUCGACUGCUAGUUAGUUGCAACAACACUUGCGGUGAUAUAAUACAAUGGAAUUCAGCUCAUAAUAUCGAAGAUAUAUGAUGGCAUCAGGCACAUCCUCUUUGGAGAGCAAUGGGAGUACUGAAUCAAUAUCCCACAGCUAUGUAAGCAAUGAGCGCCACAACACCACACAACUGCCCAUCGAAUAUGAAGUGCUGUCAGCCUCCCAGUGCUAUGACAAGCCUGCCUACACUCACACGCAUACUAUGAGUGCGCCGUAUGAGCUGGGGCAGUAUGACGUCAUCAAACAGCAGGCCAACGAGAGCCUCAAGCAGCAGUGCGAGAAGGCCCUGCACGAUCUCAACCAGUUGAGGCGACAACACUCGGAGACUUCGCGCCGCUGCGAGCAUGUUAUGAAGGAGUUGGAGUACUUUCGUGGGCAGCACCGUGCGGCGAUGAACCAGCUAGAGGUGUCCGCGCAAGAGGCCAGCAGCCUCCGCGGGAAGUAUGGUGACCUUCUCAACGACAACCAACGACUCGAGCGCGAGGUGCAGCACCUGCAGCAAAGCAGCGGUGCGGAGGGCUCGGACGCGCUCGUGCACACGCUGCGGAAAUACGACGCUCUCAAGGAAGAGUUCGAUUGUUUCCAGAAGAGUUCUGCUUGCAGGUACGACGACUUGAUAGAGAAUCACAACACUACUCUGGAGAAACUGCAGAUAGUUCAGGAGGAGAACAGCCGACUGAAGACACAGUGCCAUGAGCUUACUCAGGAGAGAAAUGCUGUGAUACGUGAACGCAACGCGCUGAAACAGCAAGUAGCGAGCGUGGUGAGGCAGUGGGAGGGGGGCGGGGUGCGGGAGAGAGCGGAUAUCAAGCGCUUGACGGACGAGCGGAACGCUGCUAUGGCCGAGUAUACGCUUAUCAUGAGCGAGAGGGACACGGUGCACAAGGAGAUGGAAAAGCUGUCGGACGACCUGCAGGCCGCGCUCAAGCGGGUCGCCGCGUUGGAGUCCGCGCUGCAGGCUUCCAGGGAAGAGCAGAGGGCCACCGCCUUACAGGCGGAGAGUUUGCGUCGGGAAAUAGAGUCUGCUCUGGUGGACCGAGACCGAGCCAUCAAAGAGUGCACAGAUUUGAAGACGCCGCAAAACACCGCCACGCUCGUCAAGUCUCGUCAAGAUAAUUCUGCAUAUCACCACUUGGGUCUCUCGAGUGGCGUUGGGAAUGAUGGAUUCCUUAACGGGCAACAUUCCAACGACCCUUCCAUGGAUAAAUUGCAAGGUUUAGUGGGCAUGGUAGUAGACGCAGUGGACAAAGAGCGCGUGGACAAUCUGGAGCAAGCCAACCAGGAGAUCGAGCGACUGCGGAAGCAAGCUGACCGCUUGCAGGCUGAGCUCAAUGACGCGCAAAGGGAGGCUGAGGUCUCUAAACGGAGACGAGAUUGGGCUUUCUCAGAGCGGGACAAACUAUUGCAAGAGCGAGAGAGCGUUAAAGCGCUUUGUAACAGGUUGAGAAAGGAACGAGAUCAAAUGGUGGGCGAGUUAGCGGAAGCUCGUCGUCACAACAAGAAGGAGUCAAAGGACGGCAAAUCCCGCUCUAAACACGAGGACGUGUGUCGCCUGCCCUCCCCCGCGCCCGCCGCGCACCCCGCGCACCCGCACCUCGCGCCGCACGGCUCGCACCGACACUCCACUGAUGUACAGGAUUUCGAAUGGGAGAUAAUCGACGUGGAGCUGAGCAGCAUGAGCGCGGACGGCUCGCUCGGGCUGGAGCUGUGCGGGGGCCGGGACGAGCCGUGCUACCCCAACGACUGCAGCGUGUACGUCACCGCCGUCAAGAAGGGCUCCAUUGCUGACGGGCGUGUCAAGGUGCUGGAUCGCAUAGCGGAAGUGUGUGGAGUGUCGCAAUGGGCGCGCGGUUCAGCGUGCGCCGCGGCUCUACGCGCGGCCCUAGCUCGCGGCCCUGUGCCUCUGCGGCUCCAACGAGCGCGUGCGGCGCGGACGCUGCUGCGCAUCGCGGGUGGGCAGGGCGGUCAGUGCGGCCUCACGCUGCAGCACGGUAUUUUCAUAGGCAAAAUAGCGUGCGGUAGUGCGGCCGCCAAAGAGAGCAACCUUUACGUCGGGGACCGGGUUGUUAGUAUCAAUAACCGAUCGCUAGAGGGCGUGAAGAGUGCUUCGGAAGCGACGGCGCUUCUCAACGACUGUCAGUACGACUGCGUGCUUCUGACUGUGCUUCGCCCGCUGUACCCCUGCUGCGAUCCUAGGAACAGGUCGUUGUUAGAGGCCGCGUACCCGGCGAGCAGCGCGCCGGCGGCGGACGAGCCGUGGCGCGCGUUUCUACCGCCCGCGCCGCCGCACGAGCCCAAGGUGCACAUAGAGCACGGGGUGCCGGACUUCGACCGCCGCUACGUGUACCACGUGGCCGCCGGCAGCCAGGGCAAGAUACACCAGGAGAGAGGCACCUGGGACAUGAUCGGAGGAAUGAUACGCGGCAAGAUCGAACAAGUGACUGGUGGGAAGAACAAAGACAAGCAGAACAAGGUGCCAGAAUCGGAUGCUAUCGCGGAGCUAGACUCCGUUAUCGACAGUUAUCACGGCAAAACAAUAAAAGAAACCAGCAGCGUGCUAAAAAGAUCGCGUAGAAAAAACAAAGAGGCGCAAAAUGACGCAAAAAAUGGCGGGACGUGGCCCAAAGCGCGCGCCAAUUUUAUACUUGAGGAUAACGCCACCGGCACCAUAGUCCAACCUCGGUCUAGGAAAGAGAGGCCACCACUGUCUAUCCUGCUCAGUCCGCCAACUAAACUACCGCCGGAACCACAGAGAUCAAACGCAAACCGAAAUUCAAACCCCAUACCGUUGGGGCACGUCCCUUUAACCCAAGUGACAGCGCCCGCAAGGCAUUCAGUGUACAAAUCAAUAGAAUCUAGUCCAGCAGUCGAGCAUUUCCCCAAACCCGCACCUUUAGCUAUUCACAACCCUUUCGCUCCCCCCAGUAUGAACUUCGACAAAAAUCGCACGCUAGAAAAGGACAAAAUAUCCAUAAGCGAUUACGAACAGGACGUCACCCCGAACAGACUGAGUUUAGUAUUAAAUCCAUCAGAUGAUUCAUUAUUCUAUCAACCGGCGAUCAGAAAUCGGACGAAAAGCCCUCAUUCCCUAGAUUUUAUGGUCAACAAAGGACCUAAUUCCCUCGAUUUUGUUACGCGAAAGUCUCCAAGUUCUUUGGAUCAUUCGAUAAAAAAUCACUCGGGAAAGGAUAUUUUGGACCAGUAUUAUUCGUCAAAAAAGUCUUCGUCGCCGAAAACAGUGAAUAAAUAUCCCUCGGAUAGUGACAGUUUCGGUCCGGACAGUUUGAACAGCAACGCGAAUUUUCCUAUGACAGGGACGCUGCCGACGCAAUCGCGGUUACAAUCCCAGUACUAUAGAGGCCCUUUUACGAAUUCAAAUCCUCAUAAUUCCAGUCGAUACACACAUUUAUCGAGCCCCACAAAUAUACCACAGAGCCAGUCAGGCGAAAGUAUUGGCACGACGUAUGAUAUGCACUCCUUUACAUCCCACACGCAUAAUAUGUCAGAUCUCAAUCCCGUGCCGAGAGUAAAUCGAGAAUACCAACAGACGUACGAAGGUGGUACGUUUCCGAGGAAGAAGGAGAAUCAGCGAUUUCGAAUACCGUCCAACCCCAGUGUUACCUCUAAAAAUUCCGCCGGAAAACUCAGUACAGGAUCUAUCGAGAGAAGUUCGGAGAGGAAUUCUCCAAUGCCGACGUUUCACGUAGAAGUUUUAAGUCCUGGAAGAGGAGCAAAGCAGUUAACUCAUAAAGGGACGAGGAAUUCUAUGCCGGAGUACUGUGGUUUAGGUUGGAACAAGCCUUUACCUGGUGAACUCCGAAGAGUGCAUAUAGAUAAGAGUCAGCAACCGCUUGGGAUUCAAAUAUAUUGCCCUCCGAGUAGUGGCGGAGUAUUCGUUUCGACUGUUAACGAUAACUCCUUAGCGAGUCAAGUGGGUUUACAAAUCGGUGAUCAGUUAUUAGAAGUUUGUGGUAUUAACAUGCGAUCGGCAACUUAUACAUUAGCUGCAAGCGUGUUGCGACAGAUUGGUAAUUCGAUAACGAUGCUAGUGCAAUAUAGCCCUGAGAAGUACAAGGAUGAAAUGGAGGUGCCGGGUAGUUCGUCUUCCGGGGAGAGUUCUCACGAUGAAGAGGUUUCGUUAUCAGGGUCGCCUACACCGAGGAAUUCUCCCGGUCCCCAACAGUCUUUGAGAAUGGAUGUGCCUUCCACGGAUGUGGCAACUCUGAGACAGUCUCAGGGGAAUAAAGACCUUCCGAGGUUUUUGUUGAUCGAGAUGCGUAACUGUUCGGAUUUAGGUAUAAGUCUGGUGGGUGGUAAUGCCGUGGGCAUAUUUGUGCAUAGCGUGCAGAUUGACUCGCCGGCGUAUAUCGCUGGGCUGAGGACGGGAGACCAGAUCUUGGAGUACAACAAUGUGGACUUGAGGCGGGCGACCGCGGAGCAGGCAGCUUUGGAGUUGGCGAAACCGGCGGAUAAGGUGAGCGUGCUAGUCCGGCAUGAUUUGCAACAGUACCACGAGAUCAAGGACAAACCGGGGGACGCCUUCUACAUCCGCGCGGGCUUCGACCGCUGCACAAAGAUCACCUCCAUAGGCAUGGACACCAUAGACGAGUACUCUCUAUGGUUCCGCAAGGACGAGGUGCUGUUUGUGGACAAUACUCUCUUCAAUGGUGCUCCUGGGCUUUGGCGCGCGUGGCAGCUGGACUUCAAAGGCGUUAAGCGACAGUGGGGGACCAUACCCAGCAAAUUCAAGGUGGAAGAAAUCCUCCGAAGAUCGAUAGGAACGUUGGACAACGAAGCUCAAAGGAGAGCUUCCAGCACGGCUCGACGCUCGUUCUUCCGACGGAAAAAGCAUAGAGACAGCAAGGAACUGGCUUCCUUCUCCAACACUGAGUUAGGCUGCUGGAGUGAUUCUGGCACUCUGGCCGACGAUGCGCCACCACUGUCCUACCAGAGGGUCGAGAGGUUGCAUUGUAAUUCUGUUGCGGCAGACGGCAGCCGGCGGCCCGUGGCCGUGCUGGGCCCGCUGCGGGACUGCGUGGCGGGCAAGCUCGUCACGGACUGGCCGCACGUGUUCGCGCGCGCGCGCCCCGACCCUCGCGCGCUGAGGGACUUGGCCGAGAAGGGUAUCCACUGCAUAGUAGAUGUGAGCGUGCCAACAAUCGAGAAGCUGCACAAGCAUCAGAUUUACCCCAUAGUCCUCUUCAUCAAGUUCAAGUCCUUCAAACAGAUCAAAGAAGUGAAGGACACGAGAUACCCCGCUGACAAGGUUUCAGCCAAAGCUGCCAAGGAAAUGUAUGAGCACGGGCUGAAAGUUGAGAACGAAUAUAGGAAUUACAUCUCUGCUGAAAUCCCAGCGGGCGUCAACAUUGCAUACAUGUGCACGCAAAUCAAAGAGGCUGUGGAGGAAGAGCAAAAUAAAACGUUAUGGGUGCCCUCCGCGCAGGCCUGACCCCUGCCCCCGACACCCCCCUCGCCCGCC